AUGGUUACGUAUGAUCGUGUUGUUUUUGAGCCUACGAAACAAGCAAUUAUGGGCGGCUGUGUGACUUUUCAGCCGGCUGCGGAUACCACUGCGGUGUUAAAGGAACGACCUGCCAAUGAGACCAUCAUGACCAAUCAGCAGCCCCAGCAGCGUAAGGUCACACAGAGUUCUACCUCUAGUGGACUCAUCACUGCGGCCUCUGCCGCUUCCUCUAUCCCCGCAGCAGCAACUGCAGCCAAUCAGAGCGGAGUGGGGGCUCGGCAGUAUCGCGCAUCCCGCCUGCCUGCCCCGUCAACGCGCAUGACGAGGGCACGAGCCAAUGCCACCUCCAGCACUCUCCUGAACCUCCCAGAGGAUGCGAUCCCCCAACCGGCACGAAAUGGUGACUCUGACACUACUCAGCACUCCAUUGCUACUGAUAUUUGUGAGUCUUGUGGUGUUCCUUUGCGUUGUGGAGUCGAGAAUGCCCAAUUUCUCUUUUAA